AUGAGGCAACUAUAUUACCCGGUCCGGCUCCACGCUUCCCUGCUCCUAGUCACACUGCUCUCCACCCACUGCCACAGCGAUAGCAUCAACAGCAAACCCAUCCACGUCCCGAAUAUAAACGAGCCAGUAUUAGAAUCGGGCUUCAGGCCCAUCGACAACGGUCGCGACAAAGAGGUCGUCAGGAAACGCGGUCUAGUCAUCGACGAACGGAUAUCCUUGAGCCAAGUCAAACGGGCCGACGACGAACGUAACAUAGAGGCUGAGAUCCUCGGAUCAUCCGAAAAUGAAAACAAAUCUGUAGAAAGGGUCUCAAAAGAUUUGAGAAAUUUCCCGCCUUACCAACGCAGCUCGGAAUUCACGAACAGAUGUGAUAACUGCAACGCCUUCCCCUGGAUACCAAUCGCCCGGGCCAUCCGCCUUCCACCCCCUUCGAACAUCAACACCCCCAGUGGCUACCCUCCACCACCACCGCAAGGGGGGUACCCUCCACACAACCAGGGAGGGUUCCCGCCGCUUCACAAUCAAGAUGGAUCCCAGGGUAGGUUCCCCCCGAUGCCCCCACCGCCGAAUUUCAUCAACUCUGAACCCCACCCCGGAGGGGAUAAUAUCCCCGCAGCCUCCGUCCAGAACUCUCCGCCCCCAUCCCCGCCCCCACAAGAGCAACAACCAAUCAGAAAGCCGUCCAGUCUUAAUAUCCCGAACCCCGAGUUCCACUACAACCGGAACAUACCGAUACCGUCGGGCCCGUCGCAGAAUUUCCUGACCUACCCCAACGGCGGAUCAGGCUUCAAGAAGGAACCUCCGAUGCAAGUGACCCUGGUCAACCGGCCAGAGCGACCUGCAGGGAUGCUCCAAUCCAUCCUAAACUUCUUUUCACCGCGCCCGCAACAACCCCCAAAACCGCCGAUCAAGAACGUGCGCCCGCCCCCUAUGCCGAUCGGCCUGAAUACGAGAAACCGCCCCCCUUCCCCAACCCCNCCCCCGUACAUCCCCCUGAACAACGACUUCCGCGGGCUCCCGCCGUCGAUGAGCCUGCCCCCGAACAAGAUCUUCAUCUACAACAUCGCCGCCGACCAGAACGCCAAGGCCAACCAGGAGCUCCCCAUCUACAACACCAACCCGCGGAAGCCGGAGGUCAACACGAUCCGACCGAUGCAGCAGUUCGCCAACUUCCGCUACGCCCCGAUGGCGAUCUUCCCGCAGCCGAUCCCGAUGCACCUGAUGCAGCCCUUCAACCGGUUCAACGGGCCUCAGAAGAUCGUCCCGGGGAUCAUCCCCGGGGCGCUCCGGCUCCCGGCCAGCAUCGAGACCGUCAAGAGCCGGCCGGUCGCGUCGUAUCUCGCCUCCAUCGAGUACCCCCAGGAGAUCAUCCAGUCCCCGCUCAUCGACGUCCCGACGAACUACUCGCAUGAGCCCAAGCAUGACAGUACCAACUACCUCAGCACGCCGCGACCCAUCUUCGUCCCGGAGACUGUCGACAACAGCCUGACCGGCGGCGUCCAGACGGCCACUUUGCCCACCUCCAGCGAGCCCGCGUAUGAGCCUUCUUCGACGCCGUAUCCGGAUUUGAACCCCAGCGCGGGGAAUAUUAUCACGAACCUGACAGGGUCGCCGUUCCGGACGACGACCGACGGGUACACCGGGUUGGAUUUGGUGCAGUCUCAGUCGUACGCGGACUUCGAUUGGCCGGUCACGCAGACGUCCACGCUGUCCAGCGAGGACACGACAUUGACCGACUACCCGACCACGUACCAGCCGGAGGUGUCCAGCCUCAAACCCACGCAGUUCUUCAACGUCUCUCAGGUGGAGGAAGGCCGCGCUCAAGAAAGACCGGGUGACCCGGCGUUCAACUACCUCAGCCCUCCCCCUGUCUCAGCCGACUGGUCGCAAGAUCUGUGGUCGUCGCGGCCCGCUUUGGGUUCCGGGUUCCAGUCAACACCAGGUUCCGGGUUCCAAUCGACACUUGGCUCCGGAUUCCAAUCAACACCUGAAUCUGGAUUCCAAUCGAUACCUGGGUCCGGGUUCCAAUCGACUCCUGGUUCCGGGUUCCAAUCGACCCCUGGUUCCGGGUUCCAAUCGACCCCUGGUUCCGGGUUCCAAUCGACCCCUGGUUCCGGGUUCCAAUCGACCCCUGGUUCCGGGUUCCAAUCGACACCUGGAUCCGGGUUCCAGUCGACGGCGGGCUCGGAGUAUCAAACGACGGUGGGUCCCUCGCCGCUGAAGAAGAAGAAGCAGAUUCAGAUCAUCGUGCCGUACAUGGUGUCGCCGCUGGACGCGGAGGGGCAGGCCGUGACGUCCGUGACGUCGACGGAGAACCUGAUCACGGCGAUCAAUCAGCUGCCCGAGACGACGCUGGCCGAGCGGCCGUUCGUGACGCUGGACCACCUGCAGCAGUUCCUGGACGAGAACAGGGCCAAGGGCAACGGCAUCGACCUCUUCAGGCUCCAGAAGAACAUCGACAAUUGGACGGCGCAGGGGUUCUCGAACCACAAGCACGGACAGACGCUGGGCAUUGGCCAGGAGGACCAUAUCGCGCAGAUCCAUCCGGCGAAGAAUAUCCCGGAGAAUUUCCUGACGGGAAGUGAGGUGUUCUCGAACUCGUUCGUGUCGACGUACAACAGCCGCGACAACGAGAAGCGGCACAUCUACUCGGAGCGGCGCUCGGUGGGCCUGGGAAACCCGCACCCUCUCAACCACUUGAGCCCGGACGCGGCCGGCGCGGAGUCGAGCUUGCGGGCGAGCAAGGUCAUCGCCGAGGGGAAGCGGACGAGCCCCACGACGCCGGUGACGACGUCCACGUCGACGUCAACGUCAACGUCAACGGAGAGGACGGACGCUAGCGGCGCCGGGGUCUGGGACUCCAUCCCGGUCGCCAUCUCGCCCCUGACCAAGGAGAAGGUCUACAUGGUCACCGCUGUGCCCCACGUCGACCGGCCCGCCAACCAGCAGGCGCGCUCAUUUGCUCAACAAUCGUAAGCUCAAUUUCACGAUGAUUUCGAGACCAGACCCACAAUAGACUGAAUGAAGUGUAUAUAUGUUUAUAUAAUUAGCGUAAUGUUGUCGACAAGUAGUAAGAGCUAUAAGUCGGAUUACGAUGACCAAUUUACGAGGGGUAUCCAAUCAGUUUGGCAUUUGGAAGGUAAUCGUCCGGCACUCCAGCGCAGGGUCUUUGAAAAAUCGGGUUUCGGUUAGUAUUUUGGCAUUUCGGUCAUACACCAAAAUAGAGACGCGAUGGUGAGAAAAGAAACGCGUUGAUCUUCAUUAUACUUUCAGUUUACCGGAUGAUCUGAUCCAGUUGGGAGGGUUAAAAAAUAACUACAUUUUCGAUUGUUUUUAAGAAGACAUGCAUUAAAAUGUUUAUACACCUUAGCUGAAAGUCUACCAUAGAAAGUAUCUUCUUGGGAAUACCGACACCGAGUAAAAAAUGUUUAGUUGUUACAACUAGAAUGACAAUGUCCUUAUCAUCAUAACCUUGUCUGGUUGAUUGGGAGGUCGUAACACUAAAUAAGUGACAGUUGAGAAAGGCUGCCAUUUAGUUACAACCGGUAUAAUCAAAAUCACGAUAUUUGAAAACAGACUGACUCCGAAAAAAAAUCCUAAGAAUAAAAACAUUAAUUUAGCUGAAGAUUUUAACUUAGAAUUCUUGGUGAGGUUAUUGCGCAUCACCACGUCGCGCCUUCAUCGAAAGUGUGCUUCGAUUUCGAGCAACUAUUUUAACUCUCCGGAGAUCAAAUUGCCUAUGCGCUGAAAUGAAGGAGUUUGGAACGAGUCCGACGCAACGUGUACAACUCAUAGUGAGAGCGUGGGCACCGUGCUGCCGCCACGCCUUCAUCAAAGGUGUGUUUCAACUUCGAGCAACUAUUUUAACUCUCCGGAGAUCAAAUUGCCUAUGCGCUGAAAUGAGGGGGUUUUGAACGAGUCCGGCGCGACGUGAGAGGGUACUCGACGUGUUGCCGUCGCGCCUUCAUUGAUGGUGUGCUUCAACUUCGAGCAACUAUUUUAACUCUCCGGAGAUCAAAUUGCCUAUGCGCUGAAAUGAAGGGGUUUUGAACGAGUCCGGCGCGACGUGAGAGGGUACUCGACGCGUUGCCGUCGCGCUUUCAUUGAAGGUGUGCUUCGACUUCGAGCAACUAUUUUAACUCUCCGGAGAUCAAAUUGCCUAUGCGCUGAAAUGAAGGGGUUUUGAACGAGUCCGGCGCCGUAACAGCCGAAAACUUGAGUUUAGUUUCUUUAAGUAUCCAUGGGACCAUCCCAUAACCUGCCGGCCUAUGAUUAUUUUUUACCCAGUCCCAAAAUAUUCCCCGAGAGACCGACUUUUUAAUGACCCUGCAUUAUAUUACGACGUUUAAUUAGGAUCCGCAACAAGCAGGCCUCUGACGACGCCGACGCAUAUACAAUGGAGAAAGAUAUGGGAAAUUUUCUGCGACUAAAUUAGCAAUCCCCUCAUCACCAUAGCUCCCGGCUCCAUGCUUCUCUUCCUAGCUUCUCUCGUCCAUCUUACACUUUCUUAUCGAUUUUUUUUUUUUUAUUUUUUUAUUUUUUUUAUUUUUAUUUUUUUCUUUGGUCGCUGGACUGGACAGUGGACACUGAAGAAAGCACCUACAAGCGGUGGUCAAACUAUAGGUAAAAGCACGAGGCACAAUUCUUGCGUUUUAAAAUUUACGCUCUUACGCUAAGAAAACAAACAUCCUAAGUUAGCUUACUAGGAAUAGAGCGUAUUUAUGUAAAAGGAACUACACAUCAUCACCUUCCGGCCAAAGUAUCACAGGCGCGCCAUUCGAUGUUUAAAAAUUUCCGCCGCCA